AUGGAGAGCAGUGGCUUCAGUGCAGAACCGACCAACCCCACCUGCCACCUUUGCAUCUGUGCAGUAAUCGGUGUCCUGCCGAACUCUUUGCAUCUGCACCAGCGACCGGAAGGAAGGAAAGAAGCCGCCGUUGUGGCCCCCGCAAGCAGGAGUUCAGUCAAGGUCAGGGCGAGGGUCGGGCUGCAAGAGCAGCUGGUCUCGGGCUCCCUAGGGCAGGUUGAGACGCAGCGCGGGUCGGCCAGUCUGCUGCAGGCGGGAGCAUCCUGGGCUGCAGCCCUUCGAGCCGGGCGGCUCCGAGCUCGGCUUCCCCAGCCCUGCCAGGUUCCAGUCCCAGCCAGCGGCUCGGCAGAACCCCGCCUCCUCGCCCACACCUCAUCUUCACCCCAGGAAACUACAAAGGUUCAAAUCUCACCCACCCCCACUGCCUGGAAACUGGCCUGGUACAAGUACAAGUCCUGUGAAUUUUUUUUGGAGGGGGGUGGUGGUGCUAACCCAGGAGCACUCAGAGGAAUCCUUCCUGGCUGGCGGACCCAUAAUACAGUUCCGGGAGUGAACUGGAUUCAGCCCUAUGCUAGGGCAUCAUCUGCAGUGCUGGAAUUUGAACCAGGAUCUGCCACAGACAAGAAAAGGGCUUUAACCCCUGAGCCAUUUCUCCAGGCUCAACAUGCUGGAUUCGCCUGUACCCACAGCGGCACCUUCCAGAGGCACCCUUGCUGGUCGACUGAGGAGCGGACCUGGCUGACAUUGCAGAGAGGCUGCAGGCAGGAAGCACUGGUCAGAGAGCCUUGGUGUCAUUGCCAGUCCAGAGAUGGGCCCGCUGUGCCAAGAGCUGGUGGGCUUAUCACACUAGGGAGAAAGUGACGUUCCAUGACAAGAACCAUCCAGAAAACUCCAAGUCCCUGGGAGCCCCAGAGUGAUGAUGUAUGUCUGACAAUGCUUCCCAGGUGCUGACCCACCUGCGUCUUGAUCACUGACUAUACCCUCACUGUUGUAGCCCCUUGAAAGCUUCCUUUGAACCCCAGCACCCAACAUACCACAGGCACCUCUUACUGACAUCUCUGGGGCAGCCUGGGCAGUGCAUGAAGAAGCAGGAAUGCAGGGCUGUGUGGGGUGGAACGAAGAUGUGGCAGACCAAGGCUGGAGAAGGAGUGUAUCCAGCACCCUGGACCGCCUGCCUGUGUUCAUCUCCUCCACCAUGCCUGCCUGAUCUUGGCCUGGGGCUCAUGUCAUGAGUUGCUUGUUGGAUGAAAAUGAAUGAGUCACUAGAGAAGGGAACACCAAGUAAAAUGUGGUCGGAGGUCAUGCGGGGGAAGGGUGAUGCAUGCCGAAUGUAGACUAGAGACUGAACACAAUGGACACUCAACACCUUUAUUGCAAACCACAACACCUAAUUAGAGAGAGAGA